CUGAUCUUCGUGGAGUGGAGCUUGUUGUUGGUGUGUUUGAAGAAACUGUGAAGGUAGAAAGUGUGUGUGAGCUGAAUUGAGCAGCAUGGAUCAGUGUGAGGACAGAGAGGAGGGAGUCCCUCCCUCUAAAAGCACUCUGUGUGGGGAACAUGAGAGCCAGACCAAAGCUCAGAGGAACCAGCCUGGACCUCCACCCAGCUCUGUGUCCUUACAGAGUGAUGAGUCUAAACAUUUCAUCAUUCAAUUUAAAUCCCAGCCUCUGUCUGCUGCAGAGAGAGUGGACCAGGAGAGCUCAGAGGUUCCCAGUGGUCAGUCUGCUCAGCAGCGUCAAACACACCUGGACUCCUUAUUUAAGCUGCUGGAGGAUAACAUCGUCACAUUUGUGAAGAGUGAGUUGAAGAAGAUCCAGGAGGUUCUGACUCCAGAUGACCUAAGAUGCUUAAUGAGUCAAUGCAAGGAUGGCAAUUUAUUGCAGGGUGAACAUGAGGAGCCUAGUGAAAGCAGCAGAGAAGCAUUUGUGAAGAUCACAUUGGAUUUCCUGAAGAUAAUGAAGCAGAAGGAGUUCGCUGAGUGUCUGCUGAGAAGAACCUCGCCUAGAAACUUCCAAUGGUGUCAGCAUGAAUUUAAAUCUGCACUGAAGAAGAAGUUCCAGUGUGUGUUUGAGGGGUUCGCUAAAGCAGGAAACCCAACCCUUCUGAAUCAGAUCUACACAGAGCUCUACAUGACAGAUGGAGGGACUUCAGAGGUCAACAAUGAACAUGAGGUCAGACAGAUUGAAACAGCAUCCAAGAAACUAGAUGGUCUAGAAGCAAUAACCACAAAAGAAGACAUCUUUAAAGCCUCACCUGGAAGAAAUAAACCAAUCAGAACAGUGCUGACAAAGGGAGUGGCUGGCAUUGGGAAAACAGUCUUAACACAGAAAUACACCCUGGACUGGGUUGAAGACAGAGCCAACCAGGACAUCCAGUUCAUAUUUCCAUUCACUUUCAGAGAGCUGAAUGUGCUGAAAGAGGAAAAGUUCAGCUUGGUGGAACUUGUUCAUCAUUUCUUUACUGAAACCAAAGAAGCAGGAAUCUGCAGCUUUGAAGACUUCCAGGUUGUGUUCAUCUUUGAUGGUCUAGAUGAGUGUCGACUUCCACUGGACUUCCACAAAACUACAAUCCUGACUGACCCUAGAAAGUCCACCUCAGUGGAUGUGCUGCUGACAAACCUCAUCAGGGGGAAACUGCUUCCCUCUGCUCGCCUCUGGAUAACCACACGUCCUGCAGCAGCCAAUCAGAUCCCUCCUGACUGUGUUGGCAGGGUGACAGAGGUCAGAGGGUUCACUGACCCACAGAAGGAGGAGUACUUCAGGAAGAGAUUCAGAGAUAAGGAGCAGAUCAGCAGGAUCAUCUUCCACAUCAAGACAUCACGAAGCCUCCACAUCAUGUGUAGUAUCCCAGUCUUCUGCUGGAUCACUGCUACAGUUCUGGAGGAUGUGCUGAAAACCAGAGAGGGAGGACAGCUGCCCAAGACCCUGACUGAGAUGUACAUCCACUUCCUGGUGGUUCAGGCCAAAGUGAAGAAGGUCAAGUAUGAUGGAGGAGCUGAGACAGAUCCACACUGGAGUCCAGACAGCAGGAAGAUGAUUGAGUCUCUGGGAAAACUGGCUUUUGAUCAUCUGCAGAAAGGAAACCUGAUCUUCUAUGAAUCAGACCUGACAGAGUGUGGCAUCAAUAUCAGAGCAGCCUCAGUGUACUCAGGAGUGUUCACACAGGUCUUCAAAGAGGUGAGAGGACUGUACCAGGACAAGGUGUUCUGCUUCAUCCAUCUGAGUGUUCAGGAGUUUCUGGCUGCUCUUCAUGUCCAUCUGACCUUCAUCAACACUGGACUCAAUCUGCUGGAAGAGCAGCAAUUGGCUUCCAAGAAGUUUAAGCGUAGUAAUUCUUUAGAGAGGCUGACUUUAUUUCAGAGUGCUGUGAACAAGGCCUUACAGAGUUCAAAUGGACACCUGGACUUGUUCCUCCGCUUCCUCCUGGGUCUUUCACUGCAGUCCAAUCAGACUCUCCUACGAGGCCUGCUGACACAGACAGGAAGUAGCUCACAGAGCAAUCAGGAAACAGUCCAGUACAUCAAGUGGAAGCUCAGUGAGAAUCUGUCUGCAGAGAAAAGCAUCAAUCUGUUCCACUGUCUGAGUGAACUGAAGGAUCGUUCUCUAGAGGAGGAGAUCCAACAGUCCCUGAGAUCAGGAAGUCUCUCCACAGAUGAACUGACUCCUGCUCAGUGGUCAGCUCUGGUCUUCAUCUUGCUCUCAUCAGAAAAAGAUCUGGAUGUGUUUGACCUGAAGAAAUACUCUGCUUCUCAGGAAGCUCUUUUGAAGCUGCUGCCAGUGGUCAAAGCCUCCAAUAAAGCUCUAUUGUCUGGCUGUAAUCUCUCAGAGAGAAGCUGUGAGGCUCUGUGCCCUUUUCUCAUCUCCCAUACCUCUACUGUGAUGGAACUGGACCUAAGUAACAAUGACCUGCGUGAUGCAGGAGUAAAACUUCUGUCUGCUGGAUUAAAGAGUCAAGAUUGUCCACUUAAAAAACUGAGUCUAUCAGGCUGUCUGAUCACAGAGGAAGGCUGUAUUUCUCUGGCCUCAGCUCUGAGCUCCAACCCCUCCCAUCUGAGAGAGCUGGACCUGAGCUACAAUCAUCCAGGGGACUCAGGAAUUAAGCUGCUGUCGGAUGCACUGAAGGAUCCAGGCUGGGGACUCGACAUUCUCAGGGUGGAGCCUGCUGGGGGCCAAUGGCUGACACCAGGUCUGAGGAAGUAUUCCUGUCAACUCACAAUCGACACAAACACAGUACACACAAACCUCCAACUGUCUGACAACAACAGGAAGGUGACACGUGCGGAGGUUCAGUCAUAUCCUGAUCAUCCAGACAGAUUUGAUGUUCAUCCUCAGCUGCUGUGUAGAAAUGGUCUGACUGGUCGCUGUUACUGGGAGGUCGAGUGGAGAGGAAAGGUUUAUAUAUCAGUGAGCUACAGAAAAAUCAGAAGGAAAGGAGACAGUGAUGACUGUAUGUUUGGAUGGAAUGAUCAGUCCUGGAGUGUGAGGUGCUGCAAUGGUGGUGCUCAUUCUGUCUGGCACAAUAGUAAAAAAGAAUCCAUCUCCUCCUCCUCCUCUUCCUCUGUCUCUAACAGAAUAGCAGUGUAUGUGGAUCCUCCUGCUGGCACUCUGUCCUUCUACAGAGUCUCCUCUGACACUCUGAUCCACCUCCACACCUUCAACACCACAUUCACUGAAACUCUUUAUCCUGGGUUUUCAAUAUGGUCUGAUCCUCCUGGAUCCUCAGUGACUCUGUGCUGAGUUGAUUGUAAAGAGCGUCCUCCUGUUUGAGAAACACUCUGACUGUUGAACAGAUAGUUCAGUCUGUACAUGUUUGUCUCUUUCACUCAGAAACAUGUUUUCAGAUUCAUGGAUUCAAUCAGUUGAUGUUUUAAACUGUUCUUAAUGAUUCCUUGUAAACUUCUGCCUCUUCAGUCCUUUAAAGAUGGAAGCUCCCAUUAUUCCAGGAUCCACAUGUUUCUUUUCUGUCUUUUUUCCACUCAAAGCUUCACAGUGAAUAUCAGUAUGUUGUGUUUCUCUGAAGAUCAGUUCACAACCAGCUCCUCUGCAUUUUCAACAAGUCUGAGCUCAUUAAAAUGAAUCCAAAUGGUUGAUUUCUCUUUCUUAAUGGGAUGUUUCCAUCAUGGCUGAAUAAGUGGACAUCCAAUAGCACCCAGUGUAUCAAAUAUUAAAGACAUUCAGAGCCAUACAGCGGUAAAGGGAUGGUGGGAAAGGUUCGUAUGACAUGUUCUGUGUUUUUUGUUUUGCUCACUUUUUUGAGUUCUUGGUUUGUUUGU